AUGCAUCUAAACCGUGAAAAUAUCGUAUGUAUGUUGUGCGACGUCAAUCAGUACGGGCAGAUGUUCGUCAAACUGCCCUCGGGCGCGGGCAGAUCGGAGAUCGUCUUCGAGGGGGCCAAUAACGCCGACGGGCCUUGGAGCGAGUACAGCUUCUUGUACAAGCCGGGGAAUGUCAACUUGUCUCUACCUUUCGUCGGUGAGUACGCUUCUUAUUGCUGGAUGAUGUAUACAUUGUUUUUUUGA